CCAAGCCGGUAGACCAGUUUUUACUUUGUUUUUCGAAAUCAGCACCGAGAGAUGCAUUACGGUGGACCGGCGUGGUAGACACGGGGUCAUUCCAUGUAGUUCGGCUUUUUUCUUAGUAUCUCCGGCUAAUUCCAUAUUAGUCGGCCGAAGUGAUUGGAUUAACAUUUUUGUCGCACGCGCUUGACCGGUAAUUUACGACCGUUGACAGGAUUUGUUGACACCGCGAAGGUCACAAUUUCUUCUGCUACCAGUUUGGGUGGCUUGAGGUAGGACCUGCAAGUAUUUUUCGAGCGUAGAAGUUUUGAAUGGCUGUGGGUCGGUUCAGGAGUUUUCAAACCAAUGUGGUUGGCAAUUGCAGGGUCAGCCAAAUGGUUAGUAUAAAUACUUUUGGUGCUGAUUAGGCAAGUAUCAGUCGCUUAUUAGCAUUUCAUAGCACAAGUCUCAUCAACACAAACCAAUCACAUCCACUUAAAAUGGCGUUCAAGUUCUUCCUCCUGUCUGCCCUGAUUGCCGUGGCCAGCGCUGGUCUGCUGCCGGUUGCCGUCAAGCACGUGGAAUACGCCGAUGCCCCCGCCGAGUACCAGUUCUCGUACUCCGUCCACGAUGACCACACCGGAGACAUCAAGAGCCAACAGGAGGAGCGUCACGGAGAUGACGUCAAGGGACAGUACACCCUGAUCGAUGCCGAUGGUUACCGUCGCGUUGUGGACUACACCGCCGAUGAGCACAACGGAUUCAACGCCGUCGUCCGCCGUGAACCGCUGACCCAGAAGGUCGUCAAGGCCGUCCUCCCGGUGGCCAAGGUUGUUGCCCCAGUCCAGCACUACGUUGCCGCCCCGGUGGUCCACAAGGUUGCUCUGCCAGUGGCCAAGGUUGCCUACCCCGCCAACCUGGCCACCGUGAGCUUCUCCGCCCCGAGCCUGAACUACCACUACUAAGACCAUCUCUAGUCUCAAUUUGUUGAUAUGUGCGUAAUAUAAUACAAUAGUUGAAAUGUGAA